CCCGCCGUGGGCGCCGAGGGGCCGCCGCCUGCCGCAAGGACGGGGUGACUCCGGCUCCGCAGCGCGGGAGCCGCCCCCUCUCCCCGCCGCGGAGCUCCGCGGAGCCGCCAUUCCCUCCCUUUCUCCCCGCCGCGGAGCUCCGCGGAGCCGCCCUCGCUCCCUCCGUCCCUCCCUCCCCGCCACGGAGCCGCAGCGCGCGCCUCUGCCAGAUCUCUGAACAACAACUUUUUCACAUAAAUUGACAAAAGUGGAGGCGACAUGGCCAGUUCAGCUCGAGAACAUCUGCUUUUUGUGCGACGUCGCAACCCACAGCUACGGUAUACUCUGAGCCCAGAGAAUCUGCAGAGUUUGGCAUCUCAGGGCACCAUGGCUGAGAACAUGAACUUGCAGCGUGCCAACAGCGACACUGAUUUAGUGACCUCGGAUAGCAGGUCUAGUUUGACAGCCAGUAUGUACGAAUAUACCUUGGGGCAAUCUCAGAACCUCAUCAUUUUCUGGGAUAUUAAGGAAGAAGUAGACCCAACUGACUGGAUAGGACUUUAUCAUAUAGAUGAGAACUCUCCAGCCAACUUCUGGGAUUCCAAGAAUCGGGGAGUGACUGGCACGCAAAAAGGACAAAUUGUAUGGCGAAUUGAACCUGGCCCCUAUUUUAUGGAAUCUGAAAUAAAGAUCUGUUUUAAAUACUACCAUGGGGUUAGUGGAGCCCUCCGAGCUACUACUCCGUGUAUCACUGUGAAAAACCCUGCUGUGAUGAUGGGAGUAGAAGGCGCAGAUGAAGGUGCUUCUGGAGCCCAGCACUCUAGGAAGUUAGUCAGCUUUACCUUGUCAGAUAUUAGAGCAGUUGGGCUUAAAAAAGGCAUGUUCUUCAACCCUGAUCCUUAUCUAAAGAUGUCCAUUCAGCCAGGAAAGAAAAGUACAUUUCCUACGUUUGCUCAUCAUGGCCAGGAAAGAAGGUCGACUAUCAUCAGUAACACAACUAAUCCUGUUUGGCACAGAGAGAAAUAUUCUUUUGUUGCACUUCUAACAGAUGUCCUGGAAAUUGAGGUUAAAGACAAAUUUGCCAAGAGUCGUCCAAUCAUCAAGCGCUUUCUUGGGAAGUUAACCAUACCAGUUCAGAGAUUAUUGGAAAGACAUGCAAUUGGAGACCAGGUUCUCAGCUAUAACCUUGGUAGAAGGCUCCCAGCUGAUCAUGUAAGUGGAUAUCUCCAAUUCAAAGUGGAAAUCACAUCUUCUGUUCAUGAAGAUGCUUCACCAGAAACAGUUGGCACUUUGCUAGGAGUGAACUCUGUAAACGGAGACUUGGGCAGCCCCUCUGAUGAUGAGGACAUGCCAGCAGGACAUCACGAUACAUCCACAGUGUGUUCCAAUGGUCCAGUCCUUGAGGAAUCUUCUGGAGCAUCAAUCCUAAGACACGCUUUAAGGACUAGUACAACUCUAGAAACAGACCAGGAUGAGUUGACCUACAGUGCUUCAAGAUCGUCAUCUACCAGAGGUCGCCAGGAUUCACUAAAUGACUAUCUGGAUGCAAUAGAACACAAUAAUCAUCCCAGACCUGGGACGUCUGCCUGUGGCGAGCGUCCACGUGGAGCCUCCCCAAAACUGAGGAGUAGCUUCCCUACUGACACAAGACUUAAUGCUAUGCUUCACAUUGACUCAGAUGAAGAGGAGCAUGAGCUACAUCAAGACUUGGGCUUUCCGUCUUCUUUGGAAGAUGAUGGUGGUUUAGUAAUGCUUAAUGGUGCUACAAGAAACGUUGAAAGAAAUGGUUUAAGUUACUCAUCAGAUCAGGUAAUGCAAGGGCCUGCAGAGAAUGGAAAUGUUUCAGCCUCUGAAGCUCCUUUGCCUUCAACUGAUGACCAGCAAGAAACACUCCCAGAGCUUCAACCUUCACAGUUAUCAGAGGGUGAAAGUCUGCAGGGUUCCCAAAGUGAAACACCAGCAGACCAGGCUGGUAGUGAGUUGUGUACCACUCAGGAGGCAGAGCAGCCUCCUGGCGGUGUGGAUGCAGGAGCCGCAGAUGCUGCUGCUGGGAGCAGAAGGGGUGUUAGUGAAACAGAAUCCAUUGAUCAAGGGUCUGAACCUUCCCAGAUGUCAUCAGAAACUGAGCAGAGUGAUCCUGCUCGCACGGAAAGCGUCAGUGAGGCUAGCACCCGGCCAGAAGGUGAGAGUGACGUGGAAGGGGCAGACAGCUCUUGCAAUGAAAGCGCAACUGUGCGGCGUUCUUCAGUUGAAAUGCGGUGUUCUUUUGAAAGUGCCAGAUUUCCUGGGACUCCAGCCUUUUCCUCUCAGGAGGAGGAAGAGGGAGCUUGUGGCACAGAUGUGGCUAGAAUUGAGCCAGGUCCUGAAACGCAGGAUGCUGCAAGUGCUUCUGGUUCUCUGCCUGUGGUACAGUUACCUCAGGAAGAAGUACAGGAGGCUGAGGCAGGUGAAUUACAAGACCAAGAGGAAGCAGAAGAAAUCUGGCAAAGAAGAAGCCACCUGCAGGCAGCAGCUGCCAAUAGCCAGUCUCAGGAUGAAGAAGUUGAAGGAGCCCAAGCAGCUUGUGAGGGUGCCACAGCACAAGUCGAAGGAGCUACUGGAGGUAGUUCUCAAGCCAGUGGCCAUCAGCCCCUGAGGUCGCUGCCUUCGGUGCGUCAGGAUGUUAGCCGGUACCAGAGAGUGGAUGAGGCUCUACCACCAAACUGGGAGGCUCGAAUUGACAGCCAUGGACGGAUUUUUUACGUGGACCACGUGAACAGGACAACAACAUGGCAGCGACCCACAGCCCCCCCAGCCCCACAGAUUCUCCAGAGAUCUAAUUCCAUACAGCAGAUGGAGCAGCUGAAUCGCCGGUACCAGAGCAUCCGAAGAACAAUGACAAAUGACAGGCCUGAAGAGCAUACAAAUGCUGUAGAUGGAGCUGGAGAAGAAACGGACUUCCACCAUUCUAAUGCAGAUUUUCGAAGAGAGAACAUGCUGCCUCACUCUACCUCCAGAUCCAGACUUACUUUAUUGCUCCAGUCUCCCCCUGUGAAAUUCCUUAUCAGCCCAGAGUUCUUCACAGUGCUGCAUUCUAACCCUAGUGCCUACCGCAUGUUUACAAAUAACACGUGUUUGAAGCACAUGAUCACCAAAGUCCGGCGGGACACCCACCACUUUGAGCGCUACCAGCAUAAUCGUGAUUUGGUGGGCUUCCUCAAUAUGUUUGCUAACAAACAGCUGGAGCUGCCGAGAGGUUGGGAAAUGAAACAUGACCAUCAGGGCAAGGCUUUCUUUGUUGACCACAAUUCCCGCACUACCACGUUCAUUGACCCCCGGCUUCCCUUGCAGAGUAGCAGGCCCACUAGUGCAUUAGUCCAUCGGCAGCAUUUGACCAGACAACGCAGCCACAGCGCUGGUGAGGUUGGAGAGGACUCCCGUCAUUCAGGACCACCAGUUUUGCCCAGACCAUCUAGCACAUUUAAUACCGUCAGCAGAGCUCAGUACCAGGACGUGGUUCCAGUGGCUUACAAUGACAAGAUUGUUGCGUUUUUGCGGCAGCCCAAUAUCUUUGAAAUUCUACAAGAGCGUCAACCAGAUCUCACCAGGAAUCAUUCACUCAGGGAGAAGAUCCAGUUCAUCCGGACAGAGGGAACACCUGGGUUGGUGCGUUUAUCCAGCGAUGCAGACCUUGUCAUGUUACUCAGCUUGUUUGAGGAGGAGAUAAUGUCAUAUGUGCCGCCACAUGCCUUACUUCAUCCUAGUUAUUGCCAGUCCCCAAGAGGUUCGCCAGUGUCUUCGCCUCAGAACUCUCCAGGUACUCAGCGUGCCAAUGCCCGAGCUCCAGCUCCUUACAAAAGAGAUUUUGAAGCCAAGCUGAGGAAUUUUUACAGGAAGUUGGAGACUAAAGGAUAUGGACAAGGCCCAGGGAAAUUGAAAUUAAUCAUCAGGAGAGAUCACUUGCUAGAAGAUGCCUUUAACCAGAUCAUGGGCUACUCAAGAAAAGACCUACAGAGAAAUAAACUCUAUGUCACGUUUGUUGGGGAAGAAGGGUUGGACUACAGUGGACCUUCAAGAGAGUUUUUUUUCCUGGUGUCCAGAGAGCUCUUCAAUCCAUAUUAUGGUUUGUUUGAAUAUUCAGCCAACGAUACCUAUACGGUACAAAUAAGUCCCAUGUCUGCUUUUGUAGACAAUCACCAUGAGUGGUUCAGGUUUAGUGGUCGAAUUCUUGGUCUUGCUCUGAUACAUCAGUAUUUGCUGGAUGCCUUUUUUACACGACCCUUUUAUAAAGCUCUUCUCCGAAUUCUGUUUUUCAGGACUGUCUGUCUGAGAUUUGGUACUGAACAAACACUACUGCCCUCAUCUGUAUUUGUAUGUUUUCUUCUGGUUUAUGUUAGACUCUGUGACCUGAGUGACCUGGAAUAUCUCGAUGAAGAGUUUCACCAGAGUUUGCAGUGGAUGAAAGAUAACGAUAUACAUGAUAUACUAGAUCUUACGUUUACUGUAAAUGAAGAAGUUUUUGGACAGAUCACAGAACGGGAAUUAAAGCCAGGAGGUGCCAACAUCCCAGUCACUGAAAAGAACAAGAAAGAAUACAUAGAAAGAAUGGUGAAAUGGAGAAUUGAGAGAGGGGUUGUACAACAAACAGAAAGUCUAGUUCGUGGCUUCUAUGAGGUGGUUGAUGCUAGGCUCGUGUCUGUGUUUGAUGCCAGAGAACUGGAACUAGUUAUAGCUGGAACAGCAGAAAUUGACUUGAGCGACUGGAGAAAUAAUACAGAAUAUAGAGGAGGUUAUCAUGACAAUCACAUUGUAAUUCGGUGGUUCUGGGCUGCUGUGGAAAGGUUCAACAAUGAACAACGACUAAGACUUUUACAGUUUGUUACAGGCACAUCGAGCAUACCUUAUGAAGGAUUUGCCUCUCUACGGGGGAGCAAUGGUCCAAGGAGGUUCUGCGUAGAGAAGUGGGGGAAGAUCACUGCUCUUCCAAGGGCUCACACUUGUUUCAAUCGCCUGGACCUUCCCCCUUAUCCAUCAUUCUCUAUGUUAUAUGAAAAACUGUUGACAGCAGUUGAAGAGACAAGUACUUUUGGACUUGAGUGAUAAACAAACCACAGUGCCCAGCUCAUUGGACUUGUGGAUCUGUCUUCUCAAAGAAUGAAUGAACGUUUGUAUUGGAUUUCUUAGAGGAAAAUUGUUUCAUGGUGCAAUUCGAAUAAGGAGGUUCCAUGAAAGAGCUUGUGGAAGCAAUUAAAAAGCAUUGUGGUAGUGGCAGAAUUAAACUAGAGUGUGCCUGAUGUUCAGGGAAGAUCAAGUCUUGCAAUCCAUGGUUCUUCAGGAUGGCCAAACUUCUUAUGUUCUGAGCAAACCAGAACCACAAUCUGAUCAACCUGGCUACAACAAAACUGACACGUACCUGAAAACUGGAUUUCAUCAAAGUUAUUGAAUAGAAAAAUCAAGUCAAAAUGUGAAAUCUUUCAGCCCUUUACCUACACAAAUUACCAGACAAAUCAUACAAUAGGUUAUUUUUUUUUUUAAUUCAUGAAGGUACAUUACUUUAUGCCAUCUGUUAUAAUAGCAUAUCCAAUAUUUGCUUUACCUAAGACUACAAGUGGCUGCAUGGUGUGCACCAUACAGCCCAAGUUCCUGGGCCAGAACUGAAUUGGAAGGAAAGUCAGCAAGAAAGGAUACAACAAUGGCUUGCAUUAAGGAGGUUUGUGGAAAUAUGUUUGCCAGUGGUGUAUAUGACAAAAGAUGAGCUGUUAUAAUGAACUUAAUAACUUCAUAAGACUGAUUUUAUGCUUUAUACUGCAUGGAAAAUAUUUUAAGAAGAAACUAGCAAUUUAUCACAGCAUAUCAGGAAAAAAAACCCUAACACAGUGACUUCUGUUUAUUUUUAUAGGUUCAUUAAUUAUGUUUCUUAGAGUGUAAACAGGAACAAGCAAACGAAAACAUUAUUUCUGUUUUUGUCACUUUCCAUGCUUGAACAGACAUUCUGCUAGUGUUUAUUCUUUAAGCACUCUCAAGGGAAAAAAAUGCCUUUUAUUUUUAUAUGAGUAAAAAACUCCCAAGAAUAUUUUGCACUGAAUGUACCAAAGUUGAAGGGACAUUACGAUCUGACUGAUAGCAAACUGCAUCACUAUCAAAUAUCUGUAAAAAUGCUUAUGAACCAGGCUUUCUUCACAGUGCCAUGUCUCUUGAUAUCAGGACUGUGCACAUAAGUAAUAAUUUUAUAAUACUAUAUGUGAUAUUGUAACAUGCAUUUAUUUUAAAUGCAUCUGGGUCAUUUUUCAUGCAUUGGAUAACUCAAUGCAGUGGAGUUUAAUACGGAUAUUUCAUAUGCUCCCCACAACUUUUUAUUUGUACAGCACCAUAAAACACUAGCUUAUAUAGAACCCCACGAGUGACCUACUUUAAGGUGAGCCACUGGUCAUAAUGCCACUGCCCCAUAUCGAUGAACGCCUACAAGAUGUAAACUGUUCAUAGUGUCCAUUCUUGCUUUUUCACUGAUAAAUAGUUUUCUUAUCAAUGUUAUUUGAAAGAGUUUUUAUGGCAUAUCAAGCACUGCAUGAGCACCUAUUUCUUUAUGCUUAAUUUUGCUUGCGCGCAUCCAUUUUGGUCCUUUCCUCCAGAUGGUCUUGUGGAACACUUGCGCAGCUGUGCACUGUUUCUUGUACAGCUGCUGCCACGCAGUGCAUCCACCACAUUUUAAAGUUUCAGGAAGUUGCACUUGGAUACUGGAUGACAAGAACAUGAAUCUAGCUUUGUGCUAGUCUUCUUGAUAGCACUGAAGUGCAGCAAGCCCUGUUCUGUGGGAGAAGUAGCUUUUGAACUCGUGUUCUCACUUCGGAGACUCUCAAGGGGCAUCUCAGGGAGGUAUCCUGCUUGUUCUUGGUUUUUUCCAACAGAGGCGAACACGUGGAGAUGUCAUCAGCAAAGACUGCCACUCCACCCUCCAAGUCAGAAGGCAGGUGCAGCUGUGGUGGUGGCAGCAAAGACUGAGGACACCCUUCAGUCAUACUGAGAAAAGGUUGCCUGUGCAAAGGAAAACUCACUUGCAAAAUCAGAGCAAAAGCAUUCUUUUAUUUCAAGAACAAUUGAGCUUCUGCAUGACAUCUGGGACUCGCUUAAGUAACAUAGGUUUUCUUAUGCUACUUCUGGAUGGUAUGAAGUAGCAAAGAAAAAUCCAAAAGUGUCACCCUAUUUUUACACGUAUAUUAUUCAGUCUUUGCUAAGAUUGCAUGUCACAGAUCCUAAUGCACAUAUUUUUCCAGAACACGGAUGAGCAAUAGGCAAACCAACUUUUCAUCAGGCCACUCCAGCAUGGCUCAUGUUCCAUAUGAUCCAUUCACUGAGUAGGUAAAACUCCGGCACUCGAAGCAUUGAUUUGAUUGGUUGAAGGACUGCAGAAUUUUGAUUUUACAAUAUUGGGUUACUGUCGUAUUAAAAGGAGAUUUCCCAGGAGGAAACUGUAUCUAUAAGUUUUGAACCAGAAAUUCUUUGGAAUGAAAAGUUUAAAUAUUUGGCACAAAGUAAGUUUAUACUAGUCUGCCUUUUAAGUUAUGCUUUUGUACAAAACUAAACCAAUAAAUGCAUCUUGAUAAUUUUUGUUUACAUAUAUCUACUGCACCUAUUUGUUCUGUAUUUAUGCAUGUAAAAAUAAUUUAAAUCAGUCAUGAUGAUCUGGUAUUCUGUAAAGAUGUGGCAGGCUUACCAGGGGGGCAGCUGUCAGUUAAAAGUUAAAAAUGUCCAGAAUCCCUGUAGCGUGAAGGCCAAGAGAGACUGAGAAGCUGCUUCUUCCUCCUUUGCUGCUAAUACCACCUGGGAGACUCUAGGAAAAUGCUGUUUUAAUGUGAUGAGGAGUUAGCUACUGAGAUAUGGCUUCCUAUGGUGUCAAAAGGACUUGGCUGGCUCUUAGUGAUGAUGUAAGGGAUGCUGCAGCUCUGAAGAGAUCAGUAGGGAAGGGUGUGUAGGAAAGGAAGCCUGAGCUUUCUCAGAUACUCGCACCUCAUGGUUACUUUGUGGAAUAUUGUCUCUUCGGUGUGGGAAACCAUUCCCCUUAGAUGCAUCCCAAGUGCACAUGACUGCACAGGUGACCAUAGUGCUUUGGCUUAGGACGUGCGGUGGCAGGGAAUGGUCCAGAGAAAAAAAGGUUGAGGCAGCUUUGUGAAAGCUCUGUAUCUCCUCAGAGCUCUUCCAGAUGGUGCUAAGGAGCUUUGCACUUAGGGAGGAAAAAAAGCUGGUCAGUCAGCCUGAAGCAGACAAGAGAUUCCCUUCAGCUACAGUGUGAUGACAGCUUGCACUAACUUAACCUGCAGCAGAGUCUGGCUGGGGAGGUGCUUGUAAGAGUUAACGUGAGGUGCUGGUGUUUCCUGCUCUGCCAGGAAGCGAAGCCAUGUGUUGACAGCCAAAAAGAAGCUAGCAGGUCCCCUGGCUGCACAGUGCAUGCCAGUGACCUCUAUCUCUGUCCCUGGUGCCCCAGGGCCAGGCUUACCUGUUCCCAGGUCCCAGCAUCCUGGCCAAGCAGAGAUGUGCUUUGGUUACCUUGUGCUGCUAGCAGUCAAUUUAGCAAUAACACCUCUAAAUACAUGGGAAAUUAUUGUAAUCAAUGAAAGUAUGCGAUGUGGCACCUACUGUAGCAAACGGUUACCCAUGCAGUGUCUGCAAGCCAGCAGCAGCUGGGGCAGCGGUGUUUUUGCCCACAGCAAGCAGGAGACAGCCAUCUGCUACCUCUGUCACACUGUCAGCAGCACCCUGCAGCGUAACAUGGGAAAGCCUCCUUUAAUCCAAAAUAAAAUCUAAUUUAACUUGCAGUCCUGCUGUCCAGAAGUAAACCUUUCCCCCCACCCCCGCCUGCUGUUUUUCCUUAGUAUUCCAUCAAAUAAUUGCUUUUUUUUUGUUUGUUUUUAAACAUAGUUUUCAUUAUCAUUGUUGUGAAGCUACCAUAAAAGGUUUUAAUAUGACUUAGAGAGUAUCUAGGGUGAAGCCCAUCAGUGUACACAGGCCUGCUGGGCACCACAUACGCUCCAGACUGAAGCAGUUAACCUCAUGUCAUGUAUGGUGAAUAUAUGUAAUCUUCAGGGAAACUGGCAGCAGGGUGCUGGCAGGACAUCAGACAAAGUUUUUGGCAUGAGUUAAACUGGCAGAAUACUGAACUUGUAGUUUGUCCAGCUUAAAAUUAUAGGAAAGAAAAUAGUUUUGUGGUUUCAUAUGUAUUUUUAAUCCUUUUAAAAGUAAUAAGAAAAAAGCUUCGUUCUGAAGUAUUCAGAAUGGUAUCAUCUGGUUGCUAAGUGUAAUCUCAGCAGUAUUAAUUGCAGAUGUUUACAGAAUUUCUGCAGUGGUAGCUGCAGAGCUUUACAGAGAUGCUUGCAAGAUACUGUCUCGGGACUAAGGAAACUGCUCACAAAAGGGGAAUCUGCGGCAGCUGUGUUUCAAUUGCAUGUGUAAGUUCAUCUCCCAUCACAUAAAGCAAGUUAAUUGUCUUCAGCAUGACAAUUAUUUGUAUUAAACUACACUAUUUUUUUUUCUUGCUAUUGUUUUUAUGUGGAGGAGUAAUUUGUUCCUGUUAGUACUAACGGGAAUUGAGCAAUAAGUUUGGUCUCCAGUCAUAAGAUUACAGAGUUAAGCUUUAACAUUAACCUUGAAGUACUAAUACUUAACCACUACUGCAGUUUCCUCUUCUCAUCCUUUGGAUGAGAAACUGAACUCCAAGCAAAGUUUCAGGAUAGUUACUCAAACCUGGCUGCUUAAACUGUUUGCAUUUUGGCUCAAUUGUGCAGUACGAAACAGAGCUGCAGAAAUGCUCUGGUUUGACUAGCUCACCAACUGCAAGUAAAAACUCCUUUGCAGUUUUAUUAGUGCAACCACAGUGGCUGCUGUCAGACUAGUCAAACUUUUUGCUUAAAUAUUUUACAAUUAAAAGAAAGUUUAAGGGUUUGAAUUUUAAAUUGCGUGUUUGCUGGAAAAAUAAAUAUACAUUAGGUAAAUAGUAAGGGAAAAUAACUUUAUUGUAAAGCCAGUAAGGUUAAAAGCCUUUUUACAACCCACUUUUUGCAGUAUACAAAAUUAUAAAGCUGACCAUAUAAACACACAAUUUUGACAGUGUGUGUUGGUUUGCUUUGCAUCUCUUUCAAAUAGACCACAAGCUUCAUAGUGCUUCUGUUUGGUUUCGGAUUGACUAGUUUCAGCACCAGACUACUACUAUUUAAAACAUUCACUGCUAUGAAAGUUUUUUAUUCAAGCAUUUUUCUAAAAUACUUUUAUUGUAAAGAAAGGUGGUGUUCACACUGAAACUUCAUUUAGGGCUCUACUUCAUAGGCUUUGCUCAGAGCCAUGUUAUGCCAUAGGUAAAACUCAUAAUUAAUUCUAGAGUUCUAUUUAAUAUCAAUAACGUAAUGACCUCCUGGUCACUGCUUAGAAAGGCUCCUCCUGACUGUAGGUAAAAGGAUGACAAUCAAAGACUCCACUGGAAUGGUUACAAUCAUUGUAUUAAAAUGAAGUUAAAAUACUGCUACAGGACUAUGUGAAAUAAUUACUUACACUCAUUGAUUAGCCUCCUUCUAAGGCAAUAAUUGGAAUUUUGAACUUGUUUCCUUUCUGUACCAAACGCAGGUAGAGAUUACGUUGCAGAACAAAAAUAAUAAAAAUUUAACUACAGAUAUAUUCUGACAAACCUCUUAAAGAUAUGAGGAAACUUCUUGCUCCGUGCCUUCUAGAAGAAACCUUGUAUACUUUGAGGGCUGUUGCUAAGCACUCAGGAGGUGUAUUGUUCCACUACUUUAACAUAGUUUUGUGCUGACAUCAAUGUAAUCAGCUUUUAAACAUAUAGACCUACAAAACUUCACAAAACUCUAGUCUCCCUUAUUCUGGGCUGCCUGCCAAAGGCUGGCCGUCCUCUCCCCUUUUAAUUGCACAUAAUCCUACAAUCACCCAGAGACAAUUGCCGCCCACCUACGCUGACAGUAGCUAUAGUAUUAGAAUGGGUUUGUUUAUUUUUUUCAUCAAGAAUUAAACUGGUCUCCAUUGCACUGAGAACAGCUCUCUUUCGUCCUGACAGUCAAUAGGAUCACAGUUAUCCUGACAUUUAAGAAAAAUAGUCAUAAAACCUUUUUGAAAACAGCUGAUUAGGUAUCAAAGGGUAAAACGUCCUUUCAUUUUGCUUUUACAAAAUUAAUAAUGAGGAAGGGGAUUCUUGCAAUGUUUCCUAUUGCCAGAAUUUCUGAGCCCCCAUGGGCGGCUGCAGGCUGUUGGCUGGAAGGGUGAGGAGCUCUUGUAGGGAGGCAGGUGAGUGCUGAUCCAGAAAUUGUGGUGGCAGGUGAUUUAUUGCUGUAGUGAGGACAGUGCUUUCCACGGAUGGAGGCUUUGUUGUAGAGUUCUUGAACUGGUUUAAUCUAAAAGCGUGUUCAUAUCUGCAUUGCCAGCUAACUGCAAUACAAGCAGCUCCUUACAAACUCCAUGGACUGUUUUGCACCACUCAUUUUAAAUGAGAAUUACAGUUUUUAUUGUUAGAAAUACUCAUCUAGCAGUAUAAAUCAGGUCAAUAACAGAAGAUUUUGCUGAGACUUCAUAUUUGAUUGCCAUGCUGACUGCAGUCAGACAUUGGAGCUGAGUAAUUUUAGAAUAGAUUACUGUAUGAGUAAGCACAUAAAUCUCUGAAGCUUCAUAAAUAAUGCUAAGGAAGGAAUGUAAUUGUAGGUGCUGUAAUGAUAAGAUAUGAUGGUUCCACACAGCAGAUAGGACAUUCAAAAUGCAACCAUGGAAUACUACUAGAAAGAAGACAAGACUGAAAGAGUCAGGCCAGAAAAAGAGACUGCAAGUAGGGAGCAGGACAGUGAGCUAUGCUGACCACUACAUAUACAAAAGGAGAUACUUUUUGCUAGAAAAUUAGUCUAUGAUAAUGUACCCAGGAAAAAUGACUAGUCAUCAAAAAAUACAUUAGUGCAAAUGCAAGACAUACUUUACCUAAUUACUAGGUUUUGAAAAUCAAAAGUACACAAUCAGAAAACUUAUUUCUAUGUUGUUUUUUCUUGUUUUAUGGGUUUGGGGUUUAUUUUUUAUUUGGACUACUCUUAGGAAAAUGAAAGUCUCUAAAGAAAACAAGGGGGAGUCUGGAAGUCCUCUUUACUCUUAUUUGUAUAAUUAUUGUACUUAUUACUACCUGUGUUUGGCAAGAGAAACAGCAUCUGAUAAGAAGUUAAAUCAUCAUUACCAAAGAUGACUUUCAUUUCACACGUGAUGGGCCAAAUCCCUAACGUUUGGAUGCGUGAAAAUGUUGAUUUUUUUUUUUUAUUAUUAUUUUUAUGGCUGGAAUUUGUGUUAUGGUUGUGUGAGAACCAUUAAUUUCCACAAAGAACGUUUUGUCAUUUAGGAUUGAUAGGGUGUUUGUAAAGCUUAUUUAAGGUAAUUAAAAUAUUCUCAAUGAUCUAGUUAGUGUUGGCCAAGCUGAUGCUAUCCUUCACUCCAUUCACACUCUAAUUGCAUUGUCAGAAAAUAUACUGUGUAAGAGGGCAGGAAGAUUUCAGCACCUGGUUCUUUGCCUAAAAAGCUGAUCUGGGUCGUGACCUGAAAGGCAAGACUACUAGAUAAGUCAGUAUAAGAGUCAAAAGAGUAAUUCCUUGCAAGUUUUCUUCUUCGAGGUGGUAACCGAUGCGGUAAAGAGUUUUAUAUAAACUUUUAAGUCCUAAACUACACCUAGUAUGUUGGACCAUAAUGGUUCAGUAGUUCCAUGUAGUAGGACAUUUUUUCUGCAAUGAGCCUGCAACACUCAGGAGACUGUUGUUUAUUAUCAGCAUUGCAGGAAGGAUGAAGAAUUAUAAUAAUAUUAAGUAUGUAAAUUAUCUUAGGAGGAUGCUUUUUCUUUGUACUCUGUUUUUCCUUGGAAUGGUGUAGCCUUGAGGGCAUCCAUGAAUCCUGAUCAUCAAGGGUGCUUUUUGUAUAAGUGACUGAACAUUUGUACUUGUAAGGGCUGGUACAGUAUGGAAAGGGAAAGCUUUGGAGAAGAAGAAGGUGCUGAGGGAUAUGGUGUGGAAUACUGAUGCCCCCAAGUCAGUCGAUACUUCUUGCCCUUGUGAGGCCACAGUUUGGGUUAUUCAGCAUGUUUGGAAGUGCAUACAGUUUUACAAGUUUUUGUAGUGGGGAUGCAGGCAUCCAGAAUCUAACAAGUAUAUAGGUGCAUCUCCCUCAGUUUUAACAACUACUUGAUAUAAUUUUAUACCAAGUUCUUUGUUUCUAAAGAAUUUCAGGCACUGAGAAUACAGAGCGCGUAUUUAUUUCUAAGCUUUAAGUAGAACACAUCUGGUGUAUUUUUUAAUCCUUUCCAUAUUUUCAGUUAAGUGUUCACAAGACUGUAUAUCAGAUACAAUACCAAGUUUUUCUAUCUUUCUACAAGCCACUUUAAGUUUCAUCUGAAUUUGGUAUAUGUCUUUCACAAAACACCAAAUGGGGAAUAUGUGCUUCAAGCAUUAAGGUGGUGUACGUCCUUUUCUCCAUUUACACUGCAUUACAUUUCACUUUUAUUUCUGAAGCAGGGAGAAACAGAUACGAAAUGUGUUGAGUGUGUUAUAGAGACACACAGGGUGUUUCGUUGUGCCUGGCUUCAAGAAUGUACUAUACUGUUUGACUGCUCACAGGUUUGCAUAAUUAUCUACUCAGUCAAAUACAGGACUGCUGUGUUGUAUUUCCUGUUAUUCAAAAACAUUUGGGGAAAAGAUUUUUCUGUGUAUAAUUUUAUUUUCAUACUGAUCUCUAUUUUGUUUAAGACCAUGUUUCAUCAUGAAAUCACUUAAUUAAAAUAAAUCUUCUUACA